CCCCCUUCCAACCCCGCUCUCCCUGCUGCUGCUGCUCCUAGCCGCGGGGCCGGGGGAUUCUCCCGGGCUUGAGAAUUCCGCCCAGCGCAAGCUUUCCUGGGGUGGCUUUUCCGAAGAAGCAGCGACAGAUCCCCCCCCUCCACCCCUCCUUCCUCGGGCGAGAAAGUCUUCCCGUCUCCCGAGCGCUCUCCCGACGCCUCCGCCACGUUAUCCACGGCCUCUUGCACCAUAGAGGGAAAACAGACCAUGGUGAACCCAGGCAGCAGCUCGCAACCGCCCCCUGUCACCAGUGGCUCCCUCUCAUGGAAAAGAUGUGCAGGCUGCGGGGGAAAGAUUGCUGAUCGCUUCUUGCUCUAUGCCAUGGAUAGCUAUUGGCACAGUCGGUGCCUGAAGUGCUCCUGCUGCCAAGCCCAGCUGGGAGAAAUCGGUACAUCUUGUUAUACGAAGAGUGGCAUGAUCCUGUGCAGAAAUGACUAUAUCAGGUUAUUUGGAAAUAGUGGCGCUUGCAGUGCUUGUGGGCAGUCAAUUCCUGCUAGCGAGCUGGUUAUGAGGGCACAAGGAAAUGUCUAUCAUCUUAAGUGCUUUACCUGUUCAACCUGCCGAAACCGCCUGGUCCCUGGAGACAGGUUUCACUACAUCAAUGGCAGUUUAUUCUGUGAACAUGAUAGACCCACAGCUCUCAUCAAUGGCCAUUUGAAUUCACUUCAGAGCAAUCCACUACUGCCAGACCAGAAGGUCUGCUAAAAGAUCAGAGUACUGCAGAAUGCGUGCCUUCAUCUCAAACUUUGUUCAUCACAGAUGGAUCCCAUGUCUCCAGUAGACAAGUCACCUUUGUAGCUAGCAUCAGUGCCAGCUCCAUGCCAUUGCACCUUCUUUACUCUUGAUUGCCCUUCUCGCAUUUAUUGGUGUAUUAAAAUGACUGAAAAAUGAACAUUUAAGAACUCCAUGAAUCUGGGCUAAUGGGAGACUGUAGAGAAAAAAAUGGAGGGGAAAAAAAAAAAAUCCACCGGAAGAGAGAACAACUUUGGGUGGGUAGGGUGGGGACAAACGACUAAUGAAGCUAAUCCAGAUAAGCUUUCGAGUCUGCUUUCUACCCUCAUUAACAAUUAGCAGGGCACUGGUGAGAAUUCGUACCCUGUGUUUUACCUUAACAGCAUUCUCUUUGCUCUUUGUAUAAUUUACGUGUUGUAGGAAAUGUUCAAAACUCAAACCUGAGCUAAUGGAAAGAUGGGGCUCUUGUGAUAAUCUAUCACGAAUACUUUUAUUGUAUCUCUGUAAAAUACAAAUGUAUGUAUGCAUGUAAGUGUGUUUUGUCCUAAUGUUGCUACUUCCCAUGACACAGAAAGAAAAAGGAAAAAAAAAAAGUCAAGCUCAUAGCAGCAACUGUAGAAUUUUCAUCUACUCCUAAUUCGCUGAAUGAAGAAGAAAAAUCUUUUAUUUGUGAUAUUUUCAGAGACAUUUGCUCUAGUAUGGUGUAUUUAAAUAAUAAAAAACUUAAAAUGAAAGGAACCGUAAUUGAUUUUGGACUAUAGUACAAUGGGGCAAAUUUCAAGGGAUGAAGUCUGUCACAGUGAGUUAAUUUUUAAAACCUGGUUUUCCUGCUUCCCAGUAGCUCCAUGGCAAAAAAAAGGAAUGCAUUGAAAUCUAUACAAAGAGAUACUUUUAGCAGUGCUACCAAAUGCAGAAGUGAUGUCUAAUGUAUCAAGGAUUUAUUUCUAUGACUGUAAUGUUUAAUGGCAGGCAGAUUUAACUAAAGAAUUUUGUGCUCCCUUCACUUAAGACAUUCAAUUUUCAUGAAUGAUAGGAAACGUAGGUCUAUCCUAUCAUCAUUAACUUACUAAUAGUAAUAAUAUGUAUGUGAAUUCAAAAGCACAUCUAGGAAUUGGGGUGGUUUCUAAGAUGCCAUGUUACUCAAAAGUGUCCUGGUUGUGAACAUUCUGUUUAAAAUGUCUCAUUCUGUAGCAAAAUCUCCUGAGAAAAGAAUGAUACCUUCCUUAUUUUUCUGCUUUGAAAUAUCCCCCUUCUCCCCAAUUAUGAGUACUGUUUCGAUGCUGCAUGAGUGCAAACUUUUUUUCACUGCUUCUCCAAGAUGCAAAACUAUUUUUUUUAUACUCCGUGAACCUGACAAUCACCUUGAAGCAUACAGAGAUACACUGUAUGUAAUCCAUAUAUACCCAAGACCAUAGAGCAAUAUAGCAAAUUCAAGGCAAGUGUACAAAAGCUGCUUGUAAUUAAAGUCUUGUAUGUUCCCCUUACAGUCCCCAAAAGAGAAAUAAUACUUCAACCACGGUAUUGGAGUUGCUGGUUUAUAGAGUUAAUGAAAUGGCUAAUAAAUUGGCUUUAAUUGGCAUUUCCCAAUCAGUUUUCAGGAGAGUGGAAUUCUAGGAGCUGAAGUCCGCAUACCUAGAAAUUGCCAUGGUUGGGAAAUAGUGGUUAUCCAAUGUCCUGAAAUUUGUCUUUUGUUGAAGAAAUGUAAUGAAACAAGAUUUCAGAUGGCAUAAUUGGGUAUAUUUUGUCUGUAGUCCUGUAAAUGUUUCCUUUCAACAUCAUACUAAUUUUUAUAUAGAUAGGAAUGAAAGAUUCUUGCCACAGUUGAAAAGUUGCCAAAUGUGGUCUGAACUAUUCUUUAUAAUUAUAGAUAAAAAGUGUUCUUCAA